UGCUCCCUUCUCGUAGACUUGCUCAAAUCAAUCGAUCUUCUCUCUCUUUUCCGCCAUUCGAUCAAAAAUUCUGCAAGUGCAAAUUUUCUUUCUGCAGAUCGAAACCCAAACUGCCUUCUCCUCCUUGUUACUUUUUUUUUUACCGAUGGAUUGUAGAGUCCUUGUAGAACCCUAGCUGUCGUAGACCUCAGAUUGGAUUGGUUCACGAAACGAUAAUUUUUUUUUCAAAUUUAGGGUUUUCGAUUUGCGAGGGUUCUUUGGAGAUUUUUACCAUUUUUCUGGUGGAAAUACAACUUAGUUGGUAAAACCUUAGUGUAGAUAUAGCUUGCUGAUCAUGACGCCUGAGUAGCUAAAUCGUGUAGUUGGUUUAAUUGAUAGAGUGGGUAGAGAUUAGGCACUCUUGUUAUAGCAAACGUUAAGAUUAUAAGAAGAUCUGCUUUUUUUUUUGUGUUGGGUGGGGUAAUUUAUAUAUUACCAUAAGAGAAACUAGAGUGAUUAGGCGUUGAGAAAGAUAUACUGGUGCCUUUUGACAAGUUAAGAUCUUGUUGCUUCUACGAUGAGUAUACCUGAUGAACAACAAUUCCCCAUUGAUCAACUUGUUGGAAUCAGUGACGAAUCCAAUAAGAAGCCAAGAAUUUCAUACACGAGAAACUUUCUUUUAUCCUUGAGAGAUAAAGAUGUUUGUAAGAAGCUUCCAAAUCUUCCCGCUGAAUUUAAUGAUUUAUUCUCCCGUGACUCCGAAGAUCCUUCACCCGACCGACUGAGAACUUCUGGCGAUUUUUCGGCUCAUGCUUUGAGACGGAAUGACUACAGUUCUUCGCCUCCUACUAGGGGUGAAUUAGGUAGCAACUCCCGCGGUAACCAUGGAAGAUGGGAAGGGCGUUCUGGUGGAUGGAAUGAUAAAGAUUCCGAUUCUUCACAUUCAGACCGGGACACAGGAGAGCGUGGAAGGCGUCCUGGCUUGCCAGCUCGGAGGCCUUGGCAACCACCGGAGCAUGAUGGACUUCUUGGGAAAGGUUCUUUCCCUAAGGCUUCUGGAUUUGGUGCGGGACCAUCUGCCCCCAAACCUCAGUCUAAUGACACGUAUCAGCUGAGGAGAAGCAAUGAACCUUACCAUCCUCCUCGCCCAUACAAGGCGGAACCUUACGCUCGACGUGACACUAGAGACUCACUAAAUGAUGAGACGUUUGGUGCUUCUGAUUCUACAAGUGAAGAUAGAGCUGAAGAAGAGAGAAAAAGACGAGCUUCGUUUGAGUUGUUGAGGAAGGAACAUCAAAAAGUAUUCCAGGAAAGGCAAAAAUCAAACCCAGACUUACGUAAAAACAACUUUGAUUUUACUGAACUGCUUGGGGAGUCCAAAGAUGAAAAAGAGCAUGAAGUCAGUAACACUCCAUCAGUUCCUGGUUCUAGUAACCGCUCUUUUCCCUCUCAAAGUAAUGCGCCCAGACCGCUUGUACCUCCUGGUUUUGCAAGCAUAGUUCUGGAAAAAAAGCAAGGGGAUAAACCUCAAGCUGAAACUUCUCAACAUGAGCGUAGUCCGUUGAAUCCCAAAGGCGUUAAUAUGGUGAAUGGUACGUCGGGAAGUACGAUAGGCUCAAGUGAGAUGCUGGUAGAAGGUGAAGCCGUUCGUGUCUACUCCACUGACACAAGUGAAAAGGCUGUUAAUAUGCCUUCAUUUGUAGGAAUACCUACAAAAACAGUUAAUAAGGACAAAAGUUUUGAAAAUCUUUCCUCCAUCUCAACUGCUGCUGAAGCUCAGGGAUAUCCUAUAAAAAGUGAGCAGGCUACAGUGACGCUGGAACACAAGAAAAGCUUGGAGGAUGGGCCAUCAAUUCUGGAUAAGAUAUUCAACACCGCUAUAAAUUUGAAUAGUGGUGAUUCCUCUAAUAUUACUCAGAAAAUUGUCGAAAAAGUUGAAGAGAAACGGAGCUCUCAGACUGUUAAAUCCUCAAAGUUCGCACAUCUGUUUCUUGAAGAAGAUAACAAGCCAGUCGAAGAUCCCCCAGCUAGCAAGCCACCAGGAGGCUUACUGUCACUACUUCAAGGUGCAGAUAAAUUGCAAACCUUUGAGACAAAAGCUAAGGGUGAAUAUUCGAUGGAUUUUCCAUAUCAAGGCCAUGCCACUAAAAACAUUGAUAAGCUAAGUAACACUUCCGCAAGUAAACCAGUAACAGUUGCUCCACCUGUUCUUACUUGUGAAGACCUUGAACAGUCUAUUCUGUCAGAAGUUAGUGAAAUCUAUCCUCCUCCUCCUCCUCUACUGCCAGUUGACCAAGACUUUAGUGUUCCUUCAGUGACGAAGACCAAACAACGGAAAGCAUCUGUUGAUGACCAGGCUUCGCAGCACCUUCUUUCUUUAUUACAGAGAAGUGCUGACCCAAAAAGUCAAGAUACGGUCACAGAGACUAGACUACCACCAUCUGUGAAAGCAAGUUGUGUCGGAGAAGCAGAUCCGGGGAAGUCUUUGACUCUUGAGAAUCUGUUUGGAAGUGCCUUCAUGAAUGAACUCCAGUCAAUUGGAGAACCAGUCUCUGCAAGAGCUAUGGUUACUGAUGCUCCUGGGAUCCCGCUACGAUCAGACAGGUCUAUGGAUGAACUGAGCCAAAGAAAUCAAAUCAGACCUGACUGUCUCCCCCGAGGGCUACAAGGCCUUCCAGGAGAUGGUAACUUCCUUGGCGUCUUCCAUCCUUUGGAUGCUCGACAUGCUCAUGUAAAACCUCAGCUCGAUUUCAUGGGCCAAGGAAGCAUCAUAGCUCAACAUCAGGAUCCUCCACCAAAUCACCGGUUUCCACCAAACAUGAUUCACCAGCGUCCACCUUUCCAGCAUUCAACAACUAGCGGGUUUCCGGAGUUUGAUCGUCUUCCUCCACAUAUGAUGCAGAAGAUGCAUAUGCAAGACAACCUGCAACACCAUCAUCUAAUGUUCCCCGGUGGUGGUCCACCACAGCAUCACUCUCCUAAUGUAAACAACCAAAUGCAGGGUCUCAUCCCCGAGUUAAAUACAUCACAAGGCUUUCCCUUUGCUCAUCGCCAACCCAACAACGGUAUGCCACCAGCUUCUCAAGUCAACAGAGUUGAUCAUCCAGCUUCACUUCAGGCACUCUUGGGGAUUCACCAAAGGAUGGACCCAUCCAAGCAGUCACCAGCAAUGGGUCAAGCUGGUGGUCCUAAUCGUCAAGGCUCUAUGGGUCAUGAACUCGACCUUGGCUUUGGCUACAGGUAACUCUGCUACAGGAAACCUAAGAGGUGUGUCGUCUGAACAAAACGUUGCUUUGUGAUGUGCAAGUAAUCAAAUUUAUCAUUUCUCUUGCUGCUUGUUGUAUGUGGAUGCUUUUAAAUAAAACUUACAGUUUCACCUA